CCGACGUAAAAGGCGGAGUCGAGAGCCUAUCAGUCAGGUCAAAAGAAGGCCAAAUGAGUUCCAAACAGCCAACGCACAUGGGAAUAAGCAAGCAGGACCCCGGCAAGCUUGUCAGCAGGAACAUUCGAGCGCAGGGAAGUGGCGCCCGCGGAAAGAACGACGUUGGGGUCGAGGCCCGCCGCGUACUUGGCCAGUCCGCUCACGAGCUGGUUGGUGAACACGUUCUGGCCAACAGAGAUGAACAGCGCGCCACCGAGGGUCUGCGAGAACAUAAUGAUUGCUGUGCCAGAUGGAACGUCGAUCAUAUCCAGCACGGUUUGGACAGCCAGCGAGGGCUGCUGCAAUCCGAGACCAAGACCCAACCCAAAGAUGACCUGGUAUGGGAUCCAUUUCGUGUGGCCCGAGGACACGCCGAGAGUGGUGAUCAGUCCCGCGCCGACACUGGCGAUGAUGGUCGAGGCAAUCAUGAACGGGGCGUAGUAUCCCACUUGAGCGAUGACUACGCCGACCGAAAUAGAGGCGAAAACGAGAGACAGGAUCAUGGGCAGGGUGGAGAUGCCCGAGUUGACAGCCGAGACGUUGUGGAUCGACUGGAAGUAGAUCGGGAG